AUGAGUGCGAUUGCCGUCUUGCCCGAGCACCUUACCGCCCUCAACGUCACGCAGGCUAGGUCGAUCGUGAUGGAUGAGAGCAUGAUGUACCAUAUUCCGGCCAAGAAGGUCGCGUGUCAGGCAUACAGCGAUGAGGACGGCGCGUGGCCCAUUGGCGACCCUUUCACGAUCGCGAGCCCUGCAGACUUUGGCCCUGAGCCUGUCCCAGUGGCAGCGGUGAAGUGCUCUGUUCAGCAACACGUCGUACGUCACCAGGCCGACAACAGCGUCUACCCCAUGCCCUCCAACGACAAAUACAAAGGCAUCUCCCUCCACAUCACCACCUCCCCGCAAGGCCAGAACCCACCAACCGUCUCGCCCUCCCCCGUCGAACUCACCAAACUUACCGACCUCAACGGCGUCCACGCGUCGGCAAUCAGCCUAGAUGAGGGCGUACACCCGAACGUCAGGCUGGAGGACGUGCAGUGUCAGGCUUUCUGGGAUAAGGACGGGAGGUCGCCGAUGGGUGUGGCGUUUACGCUUGAGAAGGGAGUGGUGUUUGGGAAGAACCCGGUCAAGGUCGGGUCGGUGUUGUGCUGGACUUGA